AUGGAGGAGAGCAGACAGAGGACUGAUAGCAUCAAACCGCAGGACAACGAGGACAAGGACACCCUGAUGAAGCGACUGGUGGGAGUGACUUCAGACGUCCUGCCUUCCUCCUCCUCCACCUCCUCGUCUGGUCUCGGUUUUGUGGACUUCACAUUCACCCAGGAGCCUCAGGACACGGUGACGGUGCGAGGCGGCGUGCUGCAGCUCGACUGUCAGGCACAGUCCGACGCAGCGGUGGGAUCUCCCAGCAUCACGUGGAGAAAGGACGGAGUGCUGCUGAGUACCGUGGUGGACGAGAGGCGGAGGCAGUUAGCGAACGGCUCACUAGUGGUGCAGAACGUUGUGCAUUCGCGACACCACCGGCCUGACGAAGGAGAGUAUCAGUGCCUCGCCACACUGGAAGGAGUGGGGAGCAUCGUUAGCAGGACCGCUAAAGUCACUGUGGCCGGUCCUUUGAGAGUCGUCAUCCCCACUGAGUCUGUCUCGUCAUAUCUGGGCGACACCGCCCUGAUGCGCUGUGAAGUCUCAGGCGACCCAACGCCCAUCAUCCGCUGGCAGAAGAACCGGGAGGACUUGCCGAUGACGUUUGACGCAGAAUCUCGCCUGGCAGUGCUGCCGUCCGGCUCGCUGCAGGUCAGCCGGGUCCAGCCUCCAGACUCAGCCACGUACCGAUGUCUGGCAGACAACCCCAGCAGCACCAGGACGGGAACGGACGCUGAGCUCAGAGUGCUACCAGAGCCCGGUGUGAGCAGGACUCUGCAGUUCCUCCAGCGUCCGUCCAAAGUCACAGUCCUGUUGGGGAGUGAUGCCGUGCUGGAAUGUGCCGCAUCUGGGUACCCGACUCCGGGCAUCCAGUGGAGAAGAGGAGAGGAGCUCAUCCAAAGCUGGAAUAAGAAGUACUCUCUGCUGGCCGGCAGUAAUCUGGUCAUCAGGAGCGUCACAGACGACGACUCGGGCAGUUACAGCUGUUCAGCCUCCAACAAGAACCAAAACAUCACUGCACAAGCCGAGCUCAACGUUCUGGUGCCGCCUCAGUUCCUGAACUACCCCACCAACACGUACGCCUACGAGUCCACGGACAUCGAGCUGGAGUGUGCUGUGACAGGAAAUCCUCCGCCCACCGUCCGCUGGAUAAAGAACGGAGAGGAAGUCAUCCCCAGCGAUUAUUUUCAGAUCGUGGAUGGCAGUAACCUCCAGAUUCUGGGUUUGGUGAAGUCGGAUGAAGGAUUUUAUCAGUGUGUCGCUGAAAACUCGGCAGGAAGCUCACAGGCAAUGGCUCAGCUGCUGCUCCGAGAGCCAGUGUCCCCCAGCCCAGGCGUUGCCCUCCCCUCUGCCCCCCGCGACCUGGUCCCUGUCCUAGUGUCCAGCCGAUUUGUCCGUCUCAGCUGGCGCCCCCCAGAGGAGACCGGAGGAGCUGUGCAGACCUAUGGCAUCUACUACUCCCAGGACGGAGUGGAGAGGGAGCGAUCAGUGAAUGUGUCGGAGCCAGAGUCUCUCGAGUUGACCGUGUCCAACCUGAAACCAGAGGAGAGCUACAGCUUCAGAGUCAUCGCCUACAACGACGUUGGGCCAGGAGAAAGCUCCGCCCCCUUGAAGAUCACCACCAAACCAGACCUCCAGGUUCCCAGCAAGGUGGAGUCCCUCCAGGCUGAGGCUCUGUCACCCACCUCUGUCCAGGUGAGCUGGGAGCCUCCAGCCCACCCAAACGGGCCCGUCCUGGGCUACAGACUGCUGUGGACCGAGAGCCCGUCAGGAAAGGAACAGAGUGUGGAGGUGAGCGGACUCAACUACAAGAUGGAUGGACUCAAUAAGUUCACAGAGUACACUGUUCGAGUUCUGGCCAUCAACCGCUACGGACCAGGAACGGCGUCAGAGAUCGUCAGAAUAACCACCCAAUCAGAUGUGCCGAGUGCUUCUCCUCAGAACAUCACCUUAGAAGUCGUCCUGUCCAGGAGCAUCAAGGUGUCAUGGCAGCCUCCUCCUCCCAACACCCACAACGGCCUCAUCACCGCCUACAAGAUCAAAUACAGGAAGACCGGUCGACGUGGAGACCAGGAGGCCAUCGAACCCAACAACUUCUGGUACCUGUUCACAGGUCUGGAGAAGGGCAGUCAGUACAGUUUCCAGGUGGCGGCCAUGACAGCCAAUGGAACGGGUCCAGCCAGCGAGUGGUUCACCGCCGAGACUCCAGAGAACGACCUGGACGAGAGUCAGGUCCCAGACCAGCCGAGCUCCCUGCACGUCAGGCCACUGCCCAACAGCAUCAUCAUGUCCUGGACUCCGCCCCUCAGCCCAAACAUCCUAGUCCGGGGGUACAUCAUCGGCUAUGGAGUGGGAAGUCCCUACGCUGAGACAGUUCGAGUGGACAGCAAGCAGAGAUACUACUCCAUCGAGAACCUCGAGCCAAGCUCCCACUACGUGAUUUCCCUGAAGGCGUUCAAUAACGCUGGAGAAGGAGUUCCUCUGUACGAGAGCGCCGUCACUCGAUCUCUGACAGACACCAGCACUCCCAUGAUUCCACCGGUAGGGGUCCAAGCCGUGGCCCUGUCCUCAGACUCAGUCCGGGUAUCCUGGGCCGACAACUCCAUGACCAAGAACCAGAAGGCGUCUGAGGUCCGAUACUACUCCGUCAAGUGGAAGACCAGCUACUCCACCAGUGGAAAGUACAAGUCUGCAGACACCACGGCGCUCAGCCACACCGUCACCGGCCUCAAACCAAACACCAUGUAUGAGUUCGCCGUCAUGGUAACCAAAGGUCGCAAGUCCAGCACAUGGAGUAUGACGGCACACGCCACGACAUAUGAAGCAGCCCCGAGCUCGGCUCCCAAAGAUUUGACAGUGAUCAGUCGUGAGGGACGACCCCGCGCCAUUCUAAUCAGCUGGCAACCUCCGAUGGAAGCCAACGGACGGAUAACAGGUUACAUCCUGUACUACACGCUGGAUAAGAACAUGCCGAUCGAUGACUGGGUCAUGGAGGCGAUCAGCGGUGACCGGCUCACCCAUCAGGUCGUGGAUCUGAACCUGGACACGGUGUACUACUUCAGGAUUCAAGCCAAGAACGCCAAAGGAGUCGGCCCGCUGUCUGAGCCUGUCCACUUCAGGACUGCCAAAGUGGAACAUCCUGACAAGAUGGCCAAUGAUCAAGGUCGAGGAGGAGACCACGCCUACUGGCCGCCUGACACCAACCUGAUCGACAGGAGCAUCAACGAGUCUCCCAUUGGUCAGAUGCGUCCUCCUCAUGGCAGCGCCACGCCUCAGAAGAACAGCAACCUGCUGGUCAUCAUCGUGGUUUCGGUGGGGGCCGUCACGGUUGUUGUCGUCGUCAUCGUGGCGCUCAUCUGCACACGGCGCUCCUCGGCCCAGCAGAGGAAGAAGAGGGCGAGUCACAGUGCCAGUAAGAGGAAAGGCAGCCAGAAGGACCUGCGACCCCCAGACCUGUGGAUCCAUCACGAGGAGAUGGAAAUGAAGAACAUGGAGAAAGCUCCAAGCGUUGCCCCGUCAGGACACGACUCGCCCAUCCAGUCAUGUCAGGAUCUCCCCCAGGUCGCACACAGCCAAUCAGAGAGUCAGAUGGGCAGCAAGAGCAGCCACUCAGGAGCAGAUGGUGACGAGGCAUCCAGCAGUAUCUCCACUCUGGACCGCUCCAUAGCUACCAGACGGGGGACACGAGGAAAAAUGAUGAUCCCCAUGGACUCACAGCCCAGCAACACACCGGUGGUCAGUGCCAUCCCGGUGCCGACUCUGGAUUCCUCCCAGUACCCGGGUAUCCUGCCAUCUCCUUCCUGCGGCUUCACUCACAACAAGUUCAGUCUGAGACCGAUGCCUUUCUCCAGCCUGACCGUGGACAGAGGAUACACACCAGCGAUGCCUUCAGAUACAGCCACCAACCCUCUCCUCCAGCAGCAGCCUCCGCCCCAGCAGCCUCCGCCCCUCCUCCCCGGCUCCUCGGCCUCGUCUGUGGAGCACGUUCCCGGGGUAGGUCCGGUCCCGGGGGCCCCUGCAGCUGUUGGUGGAGCUGCAGCUGAGGAGGUCCAGGGUGGGAGCGGAAGGACCAUCCCAACGGCGUGUGUGCGGCCGACCCACCCGCUACGAAGCUUCACUAACCCUUUGCUGCCACCACCUAUGGGGACCAUCGACCCCAAGGUGUACACCUCCAUGUUACCGCAGUCCAGUGCGAGCCUUCCAAAGCCCCAGGUGAAGACAGCGUCUCUGGGUCAGGCCAGUAAGGCUCGCUCUCCUCUGCUGCCUGUGUCGGUCCCAACGGCGCCGGACUUACCGGAGGAGGGAGGAACGAAACCACCUGAAGAUUCAGCUGCCAAUGUUUACGAGCAGGACGACCUUUCAGAGCAAAUGGCCAGUCUAGAGGGGCUUAUGAAGCAGCUCAACGCCAUUACAGGCUCCGCCUUCUAACCUCCGUCUCCGGCCCAGCCCUCAGCUCUGGUCCAGUCUGGAACCUUUUCUUCAAGCCUUGAUGUCAUCUGUUGUACAUUCACAAAGGACAGCAACAGGUCAAUCUGGGUUUGAAGACACCUCUGUGGAAUCAGACCUCCAUCUGUGCUGGGUUGAGUUUGUUUAGUUUCUACUGGUUUUGGCCAGUAUUCACUGUUUGGGACCGGGUUUGGAUCAAGGGGUAACAGAAGAUAAAACCACCACAGCAGCACAGCAUCAACUCCAAGAACAGGACUAAGCUGGAGGGGCUUCUUUAGGAGUUAAAACUGAAACCCCACGGGACUCUUCAACCUCACCACACAAAACUAGAAAAACCCAAUGCCUAGCGCCUUGACUUAAUGACACAGGAUGAUGGGAUUAUCACAAAAAAAGAGACAGUUAAUAGUCCCCUCCUGUUUCACAUCUUUGUGGUAUUUAUUAGCGUUCUCCUCCGCUGGGUUAUCCACAACUCAGUUACUGUGACUGUACCUCACUUACUUUCACCAUCGCCAAUGGAAAUGUUCUGUUCGUCUUUUAUUUUUAGUUUGGGUAUUCCAGCUUUGUGCAGUUAUGGGGUGUGUAAAUGGUUUGAAAAUGCUACCAGAGCCUACUCUAAGACAUAGACGACACGUUUUCAGCCGCCAAAGUUUCACUUAUACUUUAUUUUUCUCUCCUGAACCCAAGACUGCCAGUUGUGGUGGAAAGGGGGUGAUCCUUCCCGGUAUUUCCCUCAGUAUCAGUCUUUUCGCCCUCUCUUCAGCAAACAUUACCAUUUCACUCAAAGAAAAAUGCACCAACAAGUACAGUCCUGCCACCCCUGGAUCCUGGGUUUGGAGAAACAAACCUACAGUGAUUUAAAAGGUGUUUUUUGCCGAAUAGAACCAAGUGCAAGGACCUACGGGACAAGCCUGAUAGUUGGGAUCUGAUUCCAGCUUACUCUGCUCUUACAAGACUGUAAAGAAACCUCCUAAGACUCCCACAGUCUGUUGCUGCUCUUGACCAAGCCUUUACUCUCCCUAACCCAUACAAACCCCAGUCUUUACCCACAAGGACUUGCAUCGUUGCCAAAUUCCCAUCUUGGAAAACAUUUUGUCGCCAUUGUUUUUUGUCUUUGUUCAAGUCAGUCUUAGUCCCAAACAUGGACUUUGAGUCCAUAAAAGCAUCAUUUGAUGGAACUAAUGUACAAGACAUCUGGAUUUGGCAGGACCUAUCCCAUUCUGGAAGAAUGAAGGAAGGGUUUGGAUGGUACAUGGUUAAUGAGCCUGGCCAUUUUUGGUCUGAGGGAAGCUGGUAGCACUAUAUGUUUGUCUUAGUCGACUGAGCACUCAAGAUAAGUCAAAGUCUUAAAAAUGGGGGAUAUAAGUAGAGACUAGGCUUUAUUGCUAAGUCUUAGUCCAAGCUACGACACAUAAAAACCAAGAGAACAAAUUCUGGUGCUCUUGCUACCACAGGAACAUAUUUGCAAAGUAAAUUAAUGUUAGGAUGGAAAUGCUAGUGGAUCAACUGCGAUGAUGAUGGGAAUGGUUUUUACCAUUAUUUUUUCACCUGUGUGUUCAGUAU